AUGUCCAACUUUCGCAACCUGAUGGCUUUUGAGCAUUGCUGCCCCGGUGCAGGAAAUUACAUCACUUGUUAUGCUGCAUUCAUGCACAGGCUCAUCAGCACUCACAUGGACGUAGCUAUCCUCCAGGACAACCACAUUAUUGAGGGUUAUCAAGGCAGUCACAAGGAUGUGGUUGUGUUCUUCAAUGGACUGUGCUGUAACUUGAACUAUGAAAAGCAGUUCAUCAACUAUGAAAAGCUGGAAGAAGUGUUCAAGGACUUAACUAAAUUCUGCUUAUCUGAUCAGCACAGAUGGAGAGCAACUUUGGUCAGGGAUUAUUUUAGUAAUCCCUGGGCAAUAAACUUUUUCAUAGCAACAUUCAUGCUCCUUAGUUUGAAGAUUAUUCAGACUUUAUUUUCUGUUCUACUAUCAUAUGUUCACCCUCCCAACUGA